AUGGAUCCCUUCGAGUACAAUGCCAACCCUGGCCGCGUGGUCUUCGGACCCGGCAGCAUCAACAAACUCCCCGAAGAGAUCAAGCGACUCGGUUUGAAAUCACCCCUUCUCCUCUCCACGCCUCAGCAGGUCAGUCAAGCAGAAGAUCUCGCCAAAAUCCUGACUUCCGGGUCUAUCGAGCCUGCAGGCACUUAUACCAAUGCCACCAUGCACACACCCUCCCACGUCACCGAAGAAGCCAUGUCCUUCCUGAAGUCAAAGUCCGCAGACUGCGUCGUGUCAAUAGGAGGAGGCUCAACAAUUGGUCUGGGCAAGGCAAUCUCCAUCAGAACAGGACUGCCUCAUAUCUGCAUACCCACGACCUACGCUGGCAGCGAGAUGACGCCUAUUCUGGGAGAAACACAAGAAGGUCGCAAAACCACAAGAUCAGACCCCAAGAUCUUACCUGGCACAGUCAUCUACGACGUGAACCUGACAAUGACGCUUCCUGUCGCACUCAGCGCAACAUCUGGCGUCAACGCCAUCGCUCACGCCGUCGAAGCACUAUAUGCAAAGAACAAGAACCCAAUCAUCUCAUUACUCGCGCUCGAGGGUACCAAGGCUCUGGCAGAGUCACUUCCAGAGAUCAUCCAGAACCCCCAGUCGCAACCAGCACGCGAAAAGGCGCAAUAUGGUGCCUGGCUUUGCGGAGUGUGCCUGGGUUCGUCCUCGAUGGCUCUGCAUCACAAACUAUGCCAUACGCUCGGUGGCUCUUUCAACCUCCCCCACGCAGAGACGCAUACGAUCGUGCUGCCUCAUGCCUUGUCAUACAAUGCCCCAGCCAUCCCCGAGGCUAUGGAGAAGUUGGCAUCCGUGCUACCAGGCAGCGAAGGCGACGCCACCAAAGGUCUAAACAUCUUGCUGGAGAAGUUGAAGGUCAAGCGUGCCCUGAAGGAUUUUGGCAUGAAGGAAGAGGACAUUGAUAAGGCCGCUGAGAUUGCCGUGAGCAAUCAGUAUCCCAACCCACGAAAAGUCGAGAAGGAACCUAUCCGUGAACUCAUCAGGAGAGCUUGGGCUGGUGAGCCUGCAAGGGCGGAUCUAUAA